AUGGCGUUCAAUUUGAGGACCAUUUUUGGUCUUUUGUUCUUGUUAGGACUGAGUUCUGCUCUCAAAUUCGACAUUGUGUCUUCAUCGUCCAAGAACGAGAGGUGCAUCCGCAACUUUGUGUCGGAUGGACAGCUUGUUGUCGUCACUGCUAUUGUGUCGGGCAGUAAGGGAGAUGGACAGAUUGUUAACAUGCACAUAAAAGACGCCAUGGGAAAUGACUAUGGUCGUCCUAAAAAUGUUGUCGGAGAAACUCGCCAGGCCUUUACGUCGCCUGCCGAUACAGCCUUUGACGUCUGCUUUGAAAACGUGCUCGAUUCCAGCAAGCGCCAACCGCGAGGAACACUCAGCCGCGAAAUCGAAUUAGACGUCGAAAUCGGCGCCGACGCACGCGAUUGGUCUAGCAUCCAGGCACAGGAGAAAUUGAAACCCGUCGAGACAGACCUGCGACGCAUCCAGGAAGUCGUCGAGGAAAUCGUUAAUGAGAUGGAAUACCUCCGCAAGCGUGAGCAGAAGCUUCGUGAUACCAAUGAAUCGACUAACGAGCGUGUGAAAUGGUUCGCCUUUGGGACCAUGGGCAUGUUAGUGGGGUUGGGGGCAUGGCAGAUUGUUUAUUUGAGGGCAUAUUUCAGAUCGAAGCAUCUUAUUUAG